GCCAUAUCCAAACACGGCCUCAAUGCUUCGAAGUUGGAGCAGGACACCGCCCCUGCCAUUGCCCACCUUGAGGAUGCUAUCUUCGUCGUCACCGUUGUCUUCUGCUGCUGCUUGUGAAAGUAAACGACCCUCCUUUCUCAGAACCCCUUCUUCAAAUCCUGGAAUCUCUCUCCCUUAUCUUCCGCCUCCGUCUUCAAAGUCUCAUACCAGCCCUCAAAGAAUGACGCUUUCGACCAGCUGUUUUGGGGCCAGCAGCCCCAUUCCCAUAUCCGGAAAACCCGAUUUGGAAAACCAAGAACCCGAAUCCGAUGACCAUCAGUCGCUUGUGGUGGUGUCCUUCUACAAGUUCGCGGAUUUCCCUGACCACGCCAACAUGCGGAAACCUUUGAAGGCACUCUGUGAAGAGCUGCGCGUUUCAGGGGGUAUCAUUCUUGCACCUGAAGGAAUCAAUGGCAGCAUAUGUGGCACUCGCGUGUCGGUGGAGAAAGUUCUUGCGUUUAUACAAAGUGACGACCGUCUCAAGGGUCUUAGACAAGUGGAAUCACCUGUGAGUCCUGAGGAAGAAGCUAUUCAUCAUGGCCAUAGUGCCAGUUCUCCUCUUGCUGCAGGGGAAGAUGCACCUUUCCGAUGGGAUCAUGUGAGGGUUAAGUUGAAGAAAGAGAUUGUUACGCUUGGGAUGCCUGCUGUAUCGCCCAUUGAAAGGGUCGGAAAUUAUGUGAGCGCGAGAGAUUGGAAUGCAUUGAUUAGUGAACCUGAUAUAGUGGUGAUUGAUGUGCGGAACGAUUAUGAAACCAGAAUAGGAAAAUUUAAAGGAGCCGUUGAUCCAUGUACAACAUCAUUUCGUGAAUUCCCUUAUUGGGUGGAGGAUAAUUUUGAACUUACUAGAAACAAUGGCAAGCCUGCACCAGUUGAGGCGAACAAUUCAGGUGAAAGCGUAGAAAAGGAAACACAAAAUCCUGAACGUAUGCCUCGUGUUGCAAUGUAUUGCACUGGAGGUAUUCGAUGUGAAAAAGCUUCAAGUUUGCUCCUCAGCAAAGGUUUCAAAGAGGUCUAUCACUUGGAAGGUGGAAUUCUGAAAUAUCUGGAGGAAGUGCCAAAAACAGAAAGCCUAUGGCAGGGUGAAUGCUUUGUGUUUGACAAGCGAGUAUCUGUGGACCAUGGUUUGGUGCAAGGAAAUUUCAAGCUAUGCUAUGGUUGUAAGCAGCCUGUGAGUGAUGCUGACAUGGAAGCUCCAGAAUUUGAAUAUGGAGUUUCCUGCCCACAUUGUUUUUCACAGAAAUCAGAGGAAGAGAAGGAGAGGGCUCGAGCUCGGCAAAGACAGUUCCAGAGAUGGGGAAUCAUAGGUGGUCCAGAUAAAGGUCGCCGACCAGCAUGUAAACCGGAUAGUGGCAGUAGGAAAUCUGAUCAGCUUUCACGCUCAAUUUAACUAAUCAGACAGAAAAGGCUAGACAUUUCUGCUUUGAACAAGUGGUUUGUGCUUUCUUAUUCUUGCAGAGUGAAGUGAACUGAUAGAUGCACGUUUAGUAUGA